GAUAGCAGGUAGACUUUGCCCUGAAGGCAAACCAACACUACAGGAAGAGCAGCGGAGCCGAGUGCUGGUCGUCACAGCAGAGUUGGUGAAAACCUUUGGUGGAAUGGACCGGACUAAUGGCAGCGGAAAUGGCGGUUAUGGACCUCACCCUCCUCCGUACAACCCCCAGGACUACGGGCAGGGUCCUUACUCAGGGAUGAGCUAUCAGGUGGGGAAGGGGGACGUUGCAGUGGUCUCCCCUCCCGGCACCUACGAUACCGCGGCAGCAGCCGGAGGCGACCGGGAGUUCGAUCGGGCGCCGCCCGACUACGGUCACGGCCUCGAGGACGGCAGCUUCAGCAACGCCGGCAUCCGAAGAGGUUUCAUAAGGAAAGUCUACCUGACCUUGAUGCUUCAGCUGCUUGUGACUGUCGGAAUCAUCUGUGCGUUUCUUUACUGGGAGGCUCUCGGGAAGUGGACGCGGGCCAACUGGUGGUUCUCCUACGCCGCCAUGGCGAUGGUGAUUGUGCUCAUUGUGGCCUUGUCCUGCUGUGACAACCUCCGUCGUCAAGUCCCCCUCAAUUUCAUCGCCCUGGGCCUGUUUACUAUUGCAGAGGGCCUGAUGCUUGGCGCUGCUACAGUAUACUUUGAUGCAGAAGCUGUUCUGUGGGCUGUGGGGGCAACCGCUCUGGUGUCCUUUGCCUUGACUCUGUUUGCUGUGCAGUCAAAGUGGGACUUCACCGGACUAAACGGCAGCCUGUGGGUGUUGAUGUGGACCCUCUUUUCCUUUGCAUUGCUAUGCGGAAUCCUCCGAUCGCAGUAUCUCUACAUCUUAUACGCCUGCCUGGGAACCCUGCUGUUUUCUAUAUACUUGGUGUUUGACACACAGCUCAUCCUGGGUGGGAAACACAGGAAGUAUCAAGUGUCUCCUGAGGAGUAUGUGUUUGCUGCUCUCAACCUCUAUUUGGACAUUGUCUCCCUGUUCCUCCUCCUGCUGCAGCUCAUCGGCCUCUGCCGCUGAA